AUGAAGCCCCGCAGCUCCCGGCACUACGAGGAAGAGGAGGAGGAUGGCCCCCACGGGCAGCAGCACUGGCCCGAGGAGCACCCGGCAUGCGGGGGCCGAGCCCAGUCACCCAUCGACAUCCGAACGCAGUGGGCGCAGCCAGACCCCUCGCUGCCACCCAUCCGCCCCGUGGGCCAACCCGGCACCCCGGCCUUCACCCUCUCCAACAACGGCCACACCGCGGUGCUGGCACUGCCGCCCUCCCUGCGGCUACAGGGGCUGCCACGCAGCUUCGCCGCCGCUCAGCUCCACUUCCACUGGGGACGGCCCGGCCACGCUGGCGGUGCCGAACACCUCCUCGAUGGGCACCGUGCCCCUGCCGAGAUGCACGUGGUGCACUACGAUGCGGAGCGCUACACCAACGCCAGCGAGGCGCAGCACCACGCCGGUGGGCUGGCCGUGCUCGGUAUCCUCCUGGAGGUGGGUGCUGACCCUCACCCCACCUACAACAACAUCCUGAGCCAUCUCGGGAGCAUCCGCUAUGCAGGGCAGACAACGGCCAUCCCCCCCCUCCGCGUGCAGGACCUGUUGCCCCCACGCCUGGACCUCUACUACCGCUACAACGGGUCCCUCACCACCCCCCCCUGCUUCCAGAGCGUCCUCUGGACCCUCUUCCAGCAACCUGUCCGCAUCAGCCUGGCCCAGCUGGAGCAGCUCCAGGGAACCCUUUACACCACAACAGCGGCCGAGCCAGAGCCCCAGCGCCUGGUGGAUAAUUUUCGGGUCCCACAGGAGCUCAACCAACGGCUGGUGCUGUCAUCCUUCCCCAGGGGGCCCAAGGGGUAUUCCACAGGUGAAGUCAUUGCCAUCAUCUUCGGUGCAGUCUCCAGCUGCCUCGGGCUCUUCCUCGCCAUCCACUUUGUGGCCAAGAGGAUGCGAGCAAGGAGGGCACAGGACCAGGAUGUGGUGUUCAAAGCCUCCUCCCACCGCACCCACUCUGACGACGGCCCUCGCCCUUGA